AUGGGGGCCUUAUAUGUUAAUAUGUUCAAUGGUUGGUGUUUCACUACCAACAGUAGCAGCUGUAAGGGAGGGAGAAUUGUGUUAGCAUGGAAUCCAAAUGCUUUCACUCUUAGUGUUCUGAAAGUUACCAGUCAAUUGAUUCAUUGUUUGGUUUGUCCAAAAAGUGGGAAAGUGGAUUUUUGCUGUACUUUUGUCUAUGCUUUUAAUCAGAGCAAGGAAAGAGAGGAUCUAUGGAGGGAUCUGUGUGGCUUGGGUAUUGGUGUGCACAAGCCUUGGAUAGUUCUGGGUGAUUUUAAUUGUGUUCUAAAUAUAGAUGAAAGGGUGGGAGCUCCUGUGAGGCAUCAUUCAAUGGUUGCCUUUAGGAAUUGUGUAGAUAUAUGUGGCCUAGAAGAUGUUAAAGCUGCUGGACACUUCUACACUUGGAGUAAUAAACAAGCAGGGGAGGCUAGGGUGUUUUCUAAAAUUGAUAGGGUUAUGGCUAAUGACUUGUGGUUUCAGAAUUAUCCUAAUGCUGAAGCUGGUUUUUUGUCUGAAGGAGAAUAUGAUCAUUGUCCUAUUGUGCUUGUUGUGUACCCCUGUGAUAACAUUGUAAAGAAGCCUUUUAGGUACUUUGCCAUGUGGAAGUAUGCUGAAGGCUAUACUGAUCUGGUUAAGGUGAAUUGGUCAAAGGGUGUGGUUGGUACUCUGAUGUAUCAGGUGGUUCAGAAGCUAAAAAGAAUGAAAGGGGUUUUUAAAGAGCUGAAUAGAACAGGUUUCAAUGAUAUCCAUGCUGCUGACAUAAAAGCUAAGCAAGAUUUGGAUUUGUGUCAGAAGAAUCUUCACCUGGCACCUGGUGAUAGUGAGCUUGCUGAUAGAGAAGUUGAAGCUGCUAAGAGGUAUAAAUUGAUGCAUGCUGCUUAUAUUUCUUUCCUGAAACAGAAAGCAAAAGAAGCCUGGGCAAAGGAUGGAGAUGAAAACAGCUCUCUCUUCCAUAAAAGCAUUAGAGCUCGGAUUAUUCAUAACACAGUGCAUGCUAUCCAUGAUAUGCAUGGUAAGUGGGUGUGUGAUCCAACAUCUGUGUCUGCUGCUUUUCUGGAGUAUUACCAGAAUCUCUUGGGCAAAGCUUCUAGUAGAAGUCAUGUUAUGAUUGAUAUUGUGCAUGCUGGUCCAACACUUGAACAACUGCAGAAAGACCAAUUAUUAGCCCCUGUCACUAAUGAGGAAGUCAAGUAUGCUAUGUUCUCUAUUAAUGGUGACAAAGCCCCUGGCCCAGAUGGGUUUGGGAGCCAUUUUUUCAGAGAAAACUGGAACAUAGUUGGGGAGGAUGUAACAAAGGCUGUUCUGGACUUUUUCCACACUGGAAAACUGUUAGCUGAGAAUCAAGGGGCCUUUGUGCAUGGUAGAUUUAUCAUGCAUAACAUAAUGAUGUGUCAAGAAAUUGUCAGACAAUAUGGAAGGAAGAAUGCAUCACCUGGUUGCUUGAUCAAAUUAGAUAUGCAGAAAGCUUAUGACACAAUUGAGUGGGAUUUCUUGGAAGAGAUGCUGCUUGCUUUGGGAUUUCCAGCUCAGUUUGUUAAUUGGAUCAUGGUUUGUGUUACAACUCCCAAAUUCUCAAUCAUGCUAAAUGGCGAUCAGCCCAAGGAUAUUUUGCUUCCAGCAGGGGGUUAA